AUGGAAAGUGCAGCAUUGAAGCCAGUAAUUCUCAAAGCUGGUGUUCCCUUGGCUGUAUCUUUGGCUGGUUUGAUCUAUGCAUGGAUCAUAGCAAAAAAAAGCUUAUCUUCUAAAUUCUCUUCUUUAUCAGAAAAUGAGGUUGAUUCUCCUGAAACAAGUUGUCAUCAGGGAACAAAACAUGAUGAAAACUUUGACACCCUUUCUUCUAUGGACGAUGAAGAAGCAUCUACUCCAAUGAAUAGUAGUGUUCUUUCCGGGAGCUUGGUGAUCCAUGAUAAUAACCCAUGUUUGGAACAAGAGAUUACAAGCCUAAGAAGCCAAAUUGAAGGCCUUCAAAUGAGAGAAUUGGCCUUGCGUUUGCAGUUUGAGCUGUAUUGUGAAAUGAAAGAACAAGAAUCUCUACUUGUGGAAAUCAAAAGCAUGUUGUCAUUGGAGAGUGCUCGUGUUGAAUUGUUGGAUAGAGAGAUUUCAUCCAUAGAGACUGAGACUAUGAGGUUGGAGAAUUUUGUAGUUCAAUAUCUGAGGGUUGUCGAACAGCUUGAGUAUUUGAAAUCAGAGAAUAGGGUGCUUCAGAGGAGGGUUCAGAAGAUUCUUAGGAAAUCAAAGGCCAAAUCCCAAGUGAUAAAGGAUCAAACUUUGAAGAUCAAAGAAAAAGAAAGAGAAAUCUUGAGAAACCAUGAGGCCUUGGAAGUUAUUAAUAAGUUAGAGGAUGAGAUCAGAGAGCUACACAGUGUUUUGGAUCAAUUGAAAGAUGAGAAGAAUGAACUUCUGAAGAGGCUUGACACAGCAGAAGCAUAUGCAUCUAAGUUAUACAAUGAAAAGAUACAUAGAAAACCAUUGAAAUACUAUUUGCAAGAUGAACCUGGAGAUGUAAGUAAGGAAGAUUACAACAAGGUUCUCAAUGAAUUGGAGCAUGUCAAGAAGGAACGUGCAACUGAAGUUGAAGAACUGAGUCACUUGAGGAGGACCAAUGUUUGCUUAAGGCAAGAGUUAAUGAGGCACCAUGAACAGCAACAGCAACAACAGGAUCAGAAUAGAGACCAUAUUGAGGUGGAGUUUGAAGGUAGUGGAGGAAUUAUGCACUAUGAGUCGGAACAUGAGUUACAUUAUUCCCCUUCGCAGCAUCACAAUGUGUCUUGCAUUGGUUCGGCUCGUCGCGAUCGUACUUCUUCCAAAAGGAAAAGGAUGCUUAGAAGGCUGAAGAGGUGGGUGGAAGGAAGUGAAAAGGUAAGAGUGAAGCAUGAAAUUAAGUGUCUAGAUAGGCCUUCUGUCUCCUAUGGAUCAAAGAAAUAUGAAGUUCCAACAUAUGCAAGGUUCUGCUCUAGUGCAUGAGUCAUAAUACCAUGCCAUUUCUUCAGCACAAUGGCAAAACAUAAUCAGUCAUGGUCACAAUAUAGUAAUUGAUACUAGCCAAUAAAGAAACUUUGAUGUGGGUAUAGA